AAAUUCUCGUAAGCGCCGCGAUUUUUAUAAAUUUUAUUCAUUUUUAUUAAAAAAUAUAUCGAAGAUCAUACACAAUAUCUGAGGUGCGGUAUCGGAUUUGAGUAUUAUGAGUAUUAUGUGUUUCCCCGAUAAAAAAUGGUCCGCGAUCAUUCCACCUUCGUCGAAGACACAGUGCAGCACUGUCCAUCGAGGAUUUGUCACGCGAGCCCCAGGAUACUGGUUCCUGUUAAUCGUAAGUGCGUUUUUUGUCUGUGGCUUAUGGAAGACCGGAUCGGUCGGCCGUUGGGGUUCCAGCAUGCGCGCGAAAGCGUUGAUCCACUUCGAUCUGUCGAUCCCGUCGUCCUCAUCAACCUUGUCCUCGUCAUUGUCGUCAUCGUCGACAUCGUCGUCAUCGACGCCGCGUCGACUUGCCCUCGACAGGAGCAACGCGAGACCCUCGCCCGACGCCGCACGACGGAAACAUCGGGGCAUCCUGUCUAGGUACAUGCUGCAGCUCUAUCAUCGGCGCCCGGAUGCUGACGUCGUCCGCGCGAUCCAACCGGUGCACACUUCCGGUCCGCUCAGUGAUGGCGGCAGAAUCCUGGAGUUCGCGAUCCCGUCCGUCGACGUGGACGAGACGCUGGAGGCUGCAGAAUUGUUGGGGAUAGCCGGCGCGAUAAUCAGGGUGCGAUCGUUGAACGAUCUGCCGACGAUGAACACGAGCGAGGAGAUUCGGAGAUCCAGGAAGGACGACGCCUGGCGGGCCUUCGAUGUCACGUCCCUCGUCGCCGGCAGGAACGGCGGCGACGUCGUCAAGCUCUACGUCCACGGCAGGUCGACGUAUCGCCCUUACGGCGACAGCCCGAUUCUUUUAUUGAAUUACAGCAAGACCAGAAACGUCCAGUCGCGCUAUCGUCGGUCGGCGGAGGAGCAGGAGGAUCAGGAUCGUUGGAAGGACGAGGCGCCACGAAGACGACGUCGCAACAGUUGCCACCGACGUUCCAUGUACGUGGACUUCGCCCUGAUAGCGUACGACGAGUGGAUCGUCGCACCCCCGGGGUACGAGGCUUAUCAGUGCUCCGGCAAGUGCUUCUUCCCGUUGGGUGAUCACCUCAGCCCGACCAAGCACGCGAUAGUGCAGACAUUGAUGCACGGCGCUUUUCAGGCCAGCGAGAACCUCGCCGGCAGCAAAUUCGUCGGUAGAGCUUGCUGCGUGCCCACCAGACUGGCACCCACGAGUCUGCUCUACCUGGAUGCCAGGGGUACUUUGACCUAUGAGUACGGUUACGAAGACAUGGUCGUCUCCGAGUGCGGUUGUCGCUAAUCAAUGACGCUGGACGAAGAAUGUGUGUGUCUUUCGUUUCUUUGUUUUUUUUUUUUUAUUAACAGAAUCACAACGCUUGUCUGUGUCAUAGCACAGGGGAACAAGCUUACAAGCAAAAUACAAU